AUGAGAGAAGGGUGGUAUAAACUACCAAAUGAACACACUGGCAAAUUUUUGACAGAGCUGAAACCCGCCUUUGUUCCGGGGCAAGCACCAUACCUCAGGCCCAUACCCAGGGAGCCACAGGGUACACUCCCUCCAGUGACCCAGAACUUCCCCCCAGGUGGACCCCCUCCCCUGACUGGAGCUGACCCUCUCCCUCCCAAGAUCAACAACAUGGAUAACGUUAGUGGGGCUGGAACCGGAACUGGAACAGGAACUGGCAAGUGGGAUGAACUGCUGGGGCUAGACAACUCACCCCCUCCUCCCUACUCCUCCUUCAUGCCUUCUGGGCACACAGGAGACUUCGGGCCCCCUCCCAAUGCGCCUCCUCCUAGUUUACCUGGGGAUGGCCAGCCCGUGCGAAGGGAAUUCCCUCCAGAUGUGCCACCAGGUGCUACCAACCUCAAGGAUGGUGAUAAGCCCAAGCCAAGUCCACGUUCAAAGUUCGGUGAAGGCACCAAUGCCGAGUUCAACCUCCCAGACUUGCCCACCAUACCGGACCUACCCAGUGUCCCAGGCUCAAAUAGUGUCCAAAAUCCCAAUGACACAACAGAGGAUAUUGAUUUUGACGACUUAACAAAGAGAUUUGAAGAGCUGAAGAAAAAGAAAUAAAGUGUAGGUCACCUAUGUAAAGCAGUGUGGCUGUUGAUAAAUUUCCCUUAAUUUUGAGCAAGGUCACUGGACACUAGUGGACAGUUGUCAUUGAAUAUGCUGUGGCCUUCAUAGAAUAUAUGAUAAAAAAAGAGCAAAACUAUUAUUACUGCACUUUUUUUUUGUACCAGGCUACAGAUUUGUUUUCUUUUAUUAUGCUUUGUUAAUCUUAGGUAAAAUCAGGACAUUUUCUUAAUUCUGACUUCUUUAACUUUGCAGGACAAAGAUGCUAUUUUUCUUAGCUGAUAAGCUUUGUGUAAUUAUAAAUUAGAAUGUAAAUGGCUUGACUGGACAGCCAUGAUGAAGUUGUGUUUUUAUACUUUCAGAUCUUAGUUUUCAAUUGCUUGGCUAUUUUUAAUCAGUGCCUUGCUGUAUUUGCUAAAAUUUUCACAGAAUAUCACACA